GGGCAGGAGAAGGAGGCCGGGACUGCCAAGAUGGCGACAGAGCGAAGUCGCUCUCCGAUGGGGGGUUCGCCGGUACCGGCGUCGAUGUUUGCCCCAGAUCCCGCAUCACACGCUGGGGCAGUGGCGGUGGCUUCUUCCAGGCCUCACCACGGCGUUCCAGACUCGGACUGCAGCGAGGACGGCGAGGUGCUUAAUGGAGAGCCCGAGCUCGACCUCACCAGUAAGCUAGUAAUGGUCAGUCCAACCUCAGAACAGUAUGAUAGUUUGCUCCAGCAGAUGUGGGAGAGGAUGGAUGAAGGAUGUGGGGAGACCAUCUAUGUCAUUGGACAAGGAUCAGAUGGGACUGAGUAUGGGCUCAGUGAAGCAGACAUGGAAGCUUCCUAUGCUACAGUGAAAAGCAUGGCAGAGCAGAUAGAUGCCGAUGUGAUUCUCCUGCGGGAGCACCAAGAGGCAGGAGGCAAAGUGCGGGACUACUUGGUUCGGAAGCGUGUGGGUGACAAUGAUUUCCUGGAGGUCAGGGUCGCAGUCGUUGGCAAUGUGGAUGCUGGGAAAAGCACUCUGCUGGGUGUCCUCACCCAUGGUGAACUGGACAAUGGACGGGGCUUUGCCCGGCAAAAGCUUUUUCGCCACAAGCAUGAGAUCGAGUCAGGCCGAACCAGCAGUGUGGGCAACGACAUCUUGGGCUUUGACAGCGAGGGCAAUGUAGUGAACAAGCCUGACAGCCAUGGCGGAAGUUUGGAGUGGACCAAAAUUUGUGAGAAAUCAACAAAGGUCAUAACUUUCAUUGACCUAGCUGGGCACGAAAAGUACUUGAAGACAACUGUCUUUGGCAUGACUGGGCACCUACCUGAUUUUUGCAUGCUAAUGGUUGGCAGCAAUGCUGGAAUUGUUGGGAUGACUAAGGAGCACCUGGGCCUGGCACUGGCCCUCAACGUUCCUGUCUUUGUGGUGGUGACCAAGAUUGACAUGUGUCCUGCCAAUAUUCUCCAAGAAACCCUGAAGCUCCUGCAGCGGCUUCUGAAGUCCCCAGGGUGCAGGAAGAUCCCUGUGCUGGUCCAGAGCAAGGACGAUGUCAUUGUUACCGCUUCCAACUUCAGCUCCGAAAGGAUGUGCCCAAUAUUCCAGAUUUCUAAUGUCACUGGUGAGAACCUGGAAUUGCUAAAGAUGUUUCUCAAUCUCCUGUCUCCAAGGACAAGUUACAGGGAAGAGGAGCCCGCUGAAUUCCAGAUAGAUGACACUUACUCUGUUCCAGGUGUUGGGACAGUGGUGUCUGGGACGACCCUGAGAGGCCUGAUCAAGCUAAAUGAUACCUUGCUUCUAGGCCCAGACCCUCUGGGUAACUUUUUGCCCAUUGCUGUGAAGUCCAUCCACCGCAAACGCAUGCCAGUCAAAGAGGUGCGGGGAGGCCAGACAGCUUCCUUUGCUCUGAAAAAGAUUAAGCGCUCUUCUAUCCGGAAAGGCAUGGUGAUGGUGUCUCCUCGGUUGAAUCCUCAAGCUUCUUGGGAGUUUGAAGCAGAGAUUCUGGUACUGCAUCACCCAACCACCAUCAGUCCACGUUACCAGGCAAUGGUGCAUUGUGGCAGCAUCCGCCAAACAGCCACGAUCCUCAGUAUGGACAAAGACUGCCUGCGCACAGGAGACAAAGCCACCGUGCACUUCCGCUUCAUCAAGACCCCUGAAUACCUACACAUAGACCAGCGUCUGGUUUUUCGGGAGGGGCGAACCAAAGCUGUAGGCACAAUCACCAAGUUACUGCAGACCACAAAUAACUCUCCGAUGAACUCCAAGCCCCAGCAAAUUAAGAUGCAGUCAACAAAAAAAGGGCCCCUGACGAAGCGAGAGGAAGGGGGAGCCCAGGCUGGCCCGGUAGCAGCUAGUCCUGCAGUGGCAGAGGAUGCCGCCUCGUUGGGAGCAGCCCCCUCAGCCCCUUCUAGUGCCCAGCAGAUGCAGGCAAAGGCUGGAGGAGGUGGCCGGCGACGAGGUGGCCAGCGCCAUAAAGUCAAAUCUCAAGGAGCUAUUGCCACUCCUGCUGGGGGCUGUUGAGCAUCUUCAUAAUCUCUGAGGAAUUCAUACCCUCCCCUCCGUUUCUUAAAUCCAAAAAUCCAGAGCAGCACAACCAAAAUCCAUCCCAGCUUGAACUGCUGCUGUGAAACUCUUCUUCUGCUUCCUUUCUUGGAGGAGAGUGGUGGGGGGGGAGGGGGAGUUGCAAUUUAAGCUAACGAAGGUGACAAAGCACAUGUGGAACUGACCAACUGCCGCCUUCUCCCUUUAGCCUGAAACAUUUUGUACAUCGUGAGCUCUUAGUCAUGAUUUUUAUUAGUUUUUAUUAUGGUGGAUGUUUGUGUGUGUGCGUGCGCAUGACAAGGCAGGAGAAUCCAGGUAUAUAAAGAGAGGUACCUGCUCUUCUCAUCCCAUCCCCAUCAUUUUUAAAAACAAAUUGACUCUGUAUCUUGUCUGAGAUUGAGAAUUCCUGAAAUCCGAUGCCUUUAAGAGUAUGACGUUUUGAACUGGCUGAGAGGAGGUAGCAGUUCUUCCCCCCGGUACUAAGGGAAAGCUGGGCCAUUCCUAUUGUAAUGUAGCAAGGACUGCAAUUGGCAGUCUGCAUGAAGGAAACCCCUCUAACCAGCAGCACCUCAAAAGUUGGAUUAAAAUGAGAUCCGAGUCCUCAUUCACACGCACUUGUGAGCUUGAUUAGUCUGCGCCAUGUGGGGGUGGCCACAAAAGCACUCCUUCUUCCUGCCUGACAUGAAACUGCUGGCUUUGAAAAGGGUCAGCUGAAGGCCAAAGAGAGUUUAUUUCACACAAUCCUUUUGGACUGACGUUGCUUUUACAGAACCGAUCAUGGGUGCCCCAUAUUUUGAGUGCUGGCUGUACCUGAUUCUGUAACCAGCUACAUGCACAAAUGGGAAGGGGUGAGGGGAGAGCUGAUGCAAGUUGGCUUUGGGUUACUUUCCCAUUUCAUCUCUGUGACUUCUGAGUUGUCAUUAAAUACAGCAUUUCCUUCCCCUCCUCAAGAUCAGACACUAUCAAUAGCAUCUUCUUGCUCUGUACUUGUAUACGGCAGCAUUCCUGAACUUGUUGCCUGCCUGAUGUGUUGGACUGCAACUCCCAUGAAGCCUUUGGCCAUGCUGGCUGGGAAUUAUGGGAGAUAACAGUCUGAUACAUCUGGAGAACACAACAGUGGUAUAAGGCAAGAAGGUGCAUCCCUUUUCAUGUUAGAGAAAUAGGUGCCAUCUCCCUUCCUCUAAUGGGAUGCUUGCCAUUUAGUGUUAAAAACCAGGCUGCAGCCCGUGUUUCAUCCUUUCUUCAAAAUUUAAUUGUGCCAUGGCAGUAACAGGGACUUUGCCUGCUCUGAGACAGUCAGUCCAAGGCUUACUGAAGGAAGCUGUAAGCUAUAUUUUCAGAUGGACACACAUCUGUGAUUUUAUAAGUUUGAUAGCUACAUCUACUCAAGGCGUUUGUUCUGAGUUGACUUCCUUUUUAACUGGCAUCAUGUUGUUGUGGUUUUUCUAACAAAAUGAAAAGAGCACCAGGUUUGUAGUUCACUGGUUUGUAACUUUUUAAUACUGUUUUCCCCAUGUUGCUGUCUCAACUGUCCUUCCAAACAGGAUUUUUUUUUAGAAAACUAAACUCUGGAAGUUAAUGAACCUUGAAGAGCAAGUAGGCAUUUCAUGUGAGCCUUCUCCAACUGGAUACCCCCGGUUGACUUUAAGACUUUGAUAGCAACUCCCAUCUUCUUCAGCCAUGCUGGCUGGGGUUUAUGGGAGUUUUAAUCCAGCACAUGCAGCAGGUGCCAUGAUAGAGAAGACUUUUUUAUGCCUAUGUCACUGAGUCUUAUGGACAUGACUUCCUGCAGCUACAGUAUUGAUGGAACCCUUGGAGCAGAAUGGCACAGGAAGGGGGCAGAAAGCAAGAUACCUGCCCACUCCACUUGAUGCCUUCGGCCCUGUAAUGACAUCAAUCAUUACAUCAGUCUUGUUGCCUUCUGUUUCCAAGGGAAGUGGAAACCUUUGUGUGGUGUCCUCUCCAUUCCUUUGUCCUGAAAAAGGAAUGCGCAGUGCUGAAGGUUUCCCUUUUUUUUUUUUUUAAAGGAGUCACUUAGUGCUGUGUUCUACUUUGUGACCAGCAUUUAAAGACUACUGAGGCUGGCAUGGUGUAAAAAAAGUAUAAAUAAAAAAAGAAAGGUUUGUUAUAAUUGUCAAAACAA